AUGGUGUAUUCCGUGUCAUUUGUUGCCUUCACAAUCGCCAGCGUCUUCAUCCAAUGGCUGUUCAAACUCUUUCGUCCAUCACAAGACGAAAAAGUAACAGAAAAAUCGACAGCUCUGGAUGUGACUCACAAGGCACCGUAUCCAUGCAAUGCCAUCAAGGGCAACCAGAAAUUUCGUAUUACCAUGGGAUUGCGAAGGUUGGACGAUUGGAAUUGGCUCACCGUCGAUAAGAACUACUUGAAAGAGCACGAGGUUAGAAAUGCUCUACUCAAAAACCAGAGGAGUCAGGUUAUCCAAUGCCUCCCCGAAUCAAAGAUCGCUUGUACCGAGGCCCUAGAGGUCGUGGCAGAGUUUCUGUGUGAAAGGUAUCCAGCCAUGUUCCACAUGGAGGAGGAGGGCGAUAUGAAGAAAAUCCACAACCGCAAAACAGGAGAAAGUUUUCUCGUUGGCGAUGAAAAUGACACAAUGGAUCCACUUGAGACCGCGGUGCGGCUCACUAUGGAAGAUUUGAGUAUUCUCAUGAAGAAUGAGGAAGGAGAAUAUUACCUUGCUGCUAGUGCAACACUUUUCCCGGUUGGUUGGACAGUGCAAGAGCGCAUAGGAUGGACUAUAUCUCAAAUGCAUGACCCUGUACCUGAGUGGAAGGAUAAAAUCGGACAUUCUGUGAACAAGUUCUUCUGUCGGCUCACCCCCGAAUCACCAAUGGAACGGUCCAACUAUUUCUUGGAGACCAGAGAGCCCGAUGAGGGCUUGGGAGAUACCUUAUUCCGGCCGAUGGGACUGACUGAGGAACAGCCCGGUCUUUCAAUUGAGGAUAUUCUUCUCCGUUGGGAGCGCCAGACGUUCCGCAGGCUCCCAAGGACCGGUGCCCUCAUUUUCAGCGUUAAGACAACGCUCAAUACAUUCGACGAGCUACCAGUGGAUCAACUGCAGGCUCUCGCCACCGAAAUUCGUAGCUGGCCUGAGGACAUGGCGAAGUAUAAGGGACGCGAUGUCUGGGGCCAACGUGUGUUGGAUUACUGCAUUCAGCGAAGCAUUGUCCCUGCAUGA